AUGCUACUUAGAAAGCUGGUCAGACACACUCUCAGUGACCCACCAGACUACGAGUUUAAGUCACCCACGUACUCUACGAAAUGCUCCAAGGAUGCCGAUGAAAGGAAUUUCGGAAACUUCGACUCUGUCAGACUGAAUUUUGACACGUCGGAAGAUUCUCAUUUUGUUUGGAAAUACAAAGCACUUACCAAAGUAUUCAUGCACUUGCAGCUGAAGCUCAAGCGACAUAUCAGACAGAGCAACCCUGCCCAGUCCACUUCUAUUCCAAGUUCAAGCAAGUUUGCUGAAAGACUUAAUAUACAAUCCAUAGCUACUAAGCUGAGUUUUAGCUUGAAUGGCUUUGCUAAGUUUUGCAAAGGAGAAAGGUCACCUGAUGAUUUUAACAACAUAUUCACGAACGACGAAUCCAAUACUCUGCAUGGACUCGGUUCUUUCGGCAAAUCCAUCAAACCCUACAAGCUUGAGGUGAUCCUACCAGACACCACAUUCUGGGACGAUUUCAAGGAUAUUAUUGAAAAGUAUGGCAUCAAAACUCCACUUGAGGAAGCUACCAAUGCACUUAUCUCCUGUGAAAAUGACGUUCAAACUGCUCUUGACUGUCAAGAGUCGAAUUUUCAAAUCUCAAAAUGUUUUCAUGCUAUUUAUGAAAAUGAUACUUUUACAACAAGGCUGACUGGCAAGGAUCUUAGUGUCAACGAGAACUCGGGAACCACUCAUACUCGCAGCACAACCGUGGUCGUAGAACCACAAAAUUCUCCUUGUUCUGCCACUCUGGAAGCUGCUGAAGAGGUAGUUGAAGAAAUUCCAAAUCCCCUCCAGAAUGAGCUACUACUUCCAGAAUCAGACCCAACUACAGAUCUGAUUGAAUUAGUUGCUCGACUUGAAACUGAAUACAUUUCUCCACCGGAAGAAAAUAUCGUCCAGCAAGUUGCUCAAUCAAAAGAAUCUUCGUCCUCUGAAAGUGAAUCAAAAGCAAAGGAACCAGAAGAAGAAGAAGAAGAAGAAGAAGAAGAAGAUAUUUCACAGUCACAAGAAUCAUCGCACGACGAUGGAUCAAAGGAGGGUCUGGAUUUCAGUGGUAAGAACCGCUGUCAUGGAACAGUCGUUGGCCGUGAACUUUCAAUCAAAUACAACACAGGAAGAUUGUUUUGUGAUCAAGAAGAUUAUGUAGAUGCUUCAACUGGAGUCGAAUUCCGCUUCAACAGGUGGGGAGACCCAGAAGAGCUUGUUCCAUAUGGAUAUCAAAGAACUUGUCAUCAUUUCAGAAGGAGGAGGUCACUUAAACUGGCUAUCCGGAACCUUGAACGCAGACCACUGACUGUUAUCCAAUAUUCCAAUAUGUUGGCAAACGUUGAACUGCUUCACCGUGCAAAUCUAAUUGCCUACAGAAGGGAAGCUACUAUCCUUCUUGAUUGCGUUUCGAGUCUGGAAGAGGAUAGACCUUUCACUUUUAUAAUGAACCCAUAG